CAGUUGACCCGCCACUGACCCGGAUGUUGAUAUGAUGUUAAAUUUGGUGAUUUCCCCGGCCGGUCUACAAUGAUUUUUUAGGCCACUUCAUUCUCUUUCCUCACAUUAAUUUAAUUAGAUGCCCGGAAAAAAUAAACGCGAAAGUGGUGAGUGAAGUUUUCCUUAACCACAGUCUUUAAUCAGCCCGCUGACCAGAGAAACCUUUAAACAUGUCUCAGGAGGGAUAUCAGUCACCAGCAGUGAAAACCACCGCCGACACCAGCUUGAACGCACUUGAAACACAGAGGAGUAAUCCUGGGAAAACGCCUAUACAAAUCCUGCAUGAAUAUGGCACCAAAAUUGGCAACCUUCCCGUGUAUGUGAUGGAGAAAGCCGAAGGAGAGGCUCACCAACCCUGCUUUGUCUUUAGUGUGAAAAUUGGAGAUGUGAGCUGCACAGGUCAAGGUCCCAGUAAAAAGGCUGCUAAACACCAGGCUGCAGAGGCUGCCCUGACUAUUCUGCAAAUAAAUGCUGGAACAGUGAAUGUUCCUGCGAAGUCUGAGAGUAACGGUGUUGCAGCAGAAACAAACAACCACCCCAACUCAGUGGGAGUACUGCAGGAGCUAGCGUUGCAGAGAGGAUGGCGUCUUCCUGAAUACACAGUUUUAUUGGAGGCUGGUCCCCCACACAAGAGAGAAUUCACUGUUACUUGUCGAAUGGAGUCCCUGUCAGAGAAGGCUGUAGGAAAUUCAAAAAAGGCAGCAAAAAAGGCAGCUGCAGAGAAAAUGGUGGCGAAGCUUCAAAGUCUGUCGGGCUGUUCAGAAAUCACAUGGAUGCCUCAGCCAAGUGUCCGAUUUGAGAACUUAAGGAACUCAUCAGCGGAGAAGAUAUCUUUACUGAGAAGAAACCCCCUGAGCAUUCCCAACACAGAUUACAUUCAGAUGAUGCUGGACCUGUCCAAGGAGCAAGGCUUUGAGGUCACAUACUUUGAUAUUGAUGAGCUGACAGUGAACGGUCAGUACCAAUGUCUGGCAGAGCUGUCCACCUCGCCGGUCACUGUGUGCCAUGGCACAGGCAUCUCCUGUAGCAACGCACACAACGAUGCAGCACACAGUGCCCUCCAGUACAUCAAGAUCAUGGCCUCCAUCAAGUAGACACCUCCACAGUCAACAGUCGCUUCACCCAUGUUGUCACAUACAUCAGCUGUUUAGUCAGGAUGAGGCUGUAGAUUGUUCUUCCCGCUUAAGUCUUCCUGCCCAUGGACUAUAUUAGGUCAACGUAUAUUUUUAUAUUUAAUUAUGUAUAUCACAAGGAAGAUCAUGCGCCACAGUAAUUCAAGGUAUUCAAGGAAUCAUUCAACAGUAUUACUGAGGAAAGUUCAAUAUUAAGAAUCAGAUCUAAAUAAAAAUUUGUCACCGGGAUGAAGAUGACUGACAUAUUUAACUGAAUACACGUGUAAAUGAACACAGGUGAAUAUUAUGAAGCACUUCCUCAACAAAAACAAAAUUUUGUGUUUCCAGUGUUGGAAAUUCUUUGCCUCUUUUUUAAAAAAUUAUUAUUAUUAUUAUUUUUUAAGAUGCAUACACUUUUAGGUUCCAGUUGAAUUAUUUAAAUUUUUCAUUCCACAGUUUUCUCACCAGCGAUGUAUUGAGCAGCCAAUAGACCUUAUACUUUUAAUUUGACUCCUGCCUUUCUGUAAAUGAACACCUGAAAAUGAAAGUGAUUUGAAGAGAUUAUUUAAAUAUUUAAAUUCAAAAUGAUGGUCUGCACUUUUAUCCACAUUUUUUUUUCCUAUUUCCACUUUUCCAUCUGUCAGUGUACAGUUUACAAUACAAUCCCAACUGUCAUUAUCUAAAUUAGAUACAUGUUACUUUCUGCUGGUCUGUUUUUUUGCAGUGUGCCUCAUAGUAGUUAAAAUCUGUGACAUAUUUAAAACAUUUACUGACUGGUUUCCUCUGCUGUAAGAGCUGAACCCUGGUGGAGAAUAAUACCAGCAACAAUAUGUGUAAGAAUACAGAAAAUAAACCGAAACACUAAAUGUGAA